GUCUCGGCCGGCGUGCAGCGUAACCUGCUCGCGCCCUUCGCUCGCCCCUUCUCCUCUCGCCCUCAUCCCGCCGGCACUGCGCACCGCCGGCCCUCUCUCUCCCUCGCGCUCGCCUUCCGACGGCCGGCCCUGCCUCGCGUCCACGCCUCGUCUGUCGCGCCGCUCCGUGCGCCCCUGGCCCUCCUCGCAUCCGCGUCUGCGCCGCCAUGAGCUGGCACCCGCUGGCGCCGCAGUACGGCGCCGCGCCGCGUGCGGGCACCGGCCGCAACAGCCUCAGCGGUGCGGGCGCCGGCGCCGGCAGCAGCAGCGGCAGCGCCGCCGGGCCGUCGCAGCUCGAGCAGCUCAUGGCCGCGUCGCAGGCGGCGUCGGCCGGCCCGGGCGUGCACCUCUCGCGCAGCCUCAGCAUGCAUGGCGCCGGCUCGCUGCCCGUCUUUGACGCCGCACGCCCGCCCUUCGCCUCGCACGCCGGCGGCACGCAGGCCGCACCGCCGGCGGCGCCCGAGAUCAUAACGCGCAUGCCCAAGGGGCGCGGCAAGCGGCCCAAGGCGUCGCGCGCCUGUCUGCCGUGCCGCAAGCUCAAGGCCCGCUGCGAGAUCCGCUACGAUGCCGCCGCCGAGGGUGCGCCGCCGGUGUGCCACCGCUGCAACCUGCUCUCGCUCGACUGCAUCUUCGAGGGCGAGCCGCCGCCGCCGACGAUGCCGGCGGCGGACCUGGCGCGCCUCAAGCGGCCGCGCUCCACCGAGAAUCCCGACACGCAGAACGAGGCCGAUCUCGCCUGGAAGCACCGCAACCGCACGCGCGGUCUGGCCAGCCUGCGCUACCGCCUCACGCAUCGCAUCGUGCCGCCAGUCGCGCCCGACGACUACGAGGUCAUGGCACGGCCGCGCAGCGACCUGCGCUGGUACGGCCGCAUGGCCUCGGGCGCCUCGGCGCUGAGCUGCAUGCUGAUGCGCGACUACGAGCCUCGCCGCGAUACGGCGCAGCACGGCGGCUCGGAGCUCUUCCCUGCCGGCGUGCCGGGCCUCUUCCGUCCGCUGCCGCAGCUCUACGUGCCCGAGCCGCGCUGGACGAUGGCGCCGCGGCAGCACAUCGACAGCCUGUUCAGCGCUCUGGCGCCGCUCAUGUCGCGUGAGAUCGAGGCGGAGCUGUCGACCAUGUGCGUGUAUGCUGCGGCAUCGCCGUCCGCACCGCUGACACCCUGUCUGCAGCUUCGAGGGCAUGUAUGACAUCCACAUGCCGGUGCUCGCCAUGCCGACUGCGCCGGCAUCCAUCCACGACUGCGAGUCCGACACGACGCAGUUCUACCUCGCCGCGCUGCACCUCGCCGCGCUGCCGCACGCCUCGGAAGCCAUCCGUCGACGGCUCAGACUGCC